GGCGGACCGGCGGCGGUCGGCGGCGGUCGGCCGUCCGUCGGCGGACGCGGAGCCGAUCAGUCGCUCCCAGACCGGCAAGGGGAGGGUACGCGCCGCCCGGCGUCCGCAGGUGGCCGUGACGGGACUGGCGCGUGGUGCUGAUGUGUGUUAGUGAAGUGGUGCGCGCAGUGCAGUGGUGCUGGUGACGCGCUGGUGUGAGAUGUGAGGUGAUAGACUCGCAGUAGGAGAAUGGGUGCGGAGUGGGCCGCCGCGCUGCUCCUGGCUGCCGUUCUCGCUCUAGUGAACGCAGACGGCGUUCAGCGCUCCAGCAGCAACCACCGGUUGCGUCACAGCCGCGGCACUCAGACCCGUCCGCACCGGUCCGCCGACCUGACCCCGCUGACCCCGGAGGUCACCGCGGCCGUCGGGGAGGCGGUGACACUGGACUGUGGUGACCGGGCGGCGCCGGCGGGCCGCUGGUAUCACGACGGCUCCCCAGUGGAGGCCUCGGCGCGACUGGAGCCCGCCUCCGGUGGACGCCUGCUGGUCAGCGAGGUGCGACUCGAGGACACGGGUCUGUGGCACUGCAGGGAUCCAGGACGGUCCCGGGCCCGCACCGCGGCGGGACUGGGCACACCCGGACCCCGACCCGUGCUUCUCACUGUGUUUGUGCCGCCCGGUGAGCCGUAUCUGCUGGUGGGCGAGUCUCGGCCCGCCGUCGGCCUACCUCUGCCCGUCCGAGAGAACGUCCCUGUGACCCUGACCUGUGUCUCGGAGCGCUCCCUACCACCGGCCGAACUCAGCUGGCUGGUGGGCAGCGCGGAGAAGAACGUCACAGCCCAGAGCCGGAGGACGGUGACGCCUCUGCGGGCCGCCGCCGGCACGCAGCUGUUCACUACGAGGAGUCACGUGACACUGAAUAUGACCCGUGACCUGGCCGGUCAGAAGGUCACGUGUGUUACGUCCCAUCGGCACUGGCGGGUCCGACAGAGGACCUCUCUGCAGCUGGAUGUGCAAUACCCGCCUAAUUUCACCGUGAUCCGAACACCGGCGUUCGGAAACCCAAUCCUGCGCGGGAUGAGGGUCAACCUCACCUGUCUGGCAGAGUCCAACCCGCCGGUGCCACCGCGCUGGGUGAAAGACAACUCGCCGCCCCGCGUGCCGGUGAAGAACGGCACCAUCCUCUUCAACCCGAUCACCAUGGAGGACGCGGGGUGGUACCAGUGCACGGCCAACCACCUGGGCAACAACGUCACCUCCUACAGCUUCUACCUGAACGUCAGAGACGAGCUGUCCGGAGUGGAGAACACCGGAUUCCGGACGGUGCAGACCACCGUUGGCGCGCCGGUGUCGCUCAAAUGCAGCGACCCGGGCAGCCAGGACCGGACCCGCGAGUCGCCCUGCUGGGUACGGGAGGAUACGGCCGGUGGACAGGCGGCCGUCACUUCGCGGGGUCACAGGAUGCACCUGGACGGCGCCCUGUACGGCGACACGGGCAUCUACACCUGCCAGAUGCCACCCAUCUCUGAAGUCGAGACCAAACAGAGAGCCAGGGCGCGCAGCUUCUUCGUCAAAGUCACAGGCCGUCCGAUGGUGACCAACAUCACCGUACUGGGGGAGGCGGUGCUGGGCCAGCCGGCCUCCCUGGUGGCCUCGUUCUGCUCCGACCCGCCACCCACCUCCCUGCUGUGGGCCGUCGGACAGCUGGCCGUCCGGCCCGGUCACCGCUCCGACCUGGCCACCGCCGACAACUACACUGACGGCGCCCAGAACAGCUGCUUCGAGUGGAGACUGCAGAUAGCGGCCCUGAGACCCGAGCUCGCCGGACCGGUUACAGUGCUGGUGGUGAACGCCCUGGGGGCAGACCAGCUGACCCGACCUCUGGACGUCAGUCGGCCCAGUCACGUGACAUUUAGUGGUGUGGCGGCACUGGCGGUGCCCCAGGUCACGUGGGUGGCUCUGGUGUGGGUUGGGGUCGCGGUGAGACUGUCCUGAUAAAGCGGGUGAUGUACUGAUGGGUGAGCGAGUGAUGUAAGGAAAGUGUAUGCAAAUUGAUAGUGAUUUGAGAUCAAACGGCGGUUUGGACGCCCACUGCUUCCGUGUUGGAGUCGGAGUCGGACUCCGUGGACUCGUUGGACUCUGCUGAACUCUGGUGAACUAUGACUUUGUUGUUUGAACUGUGGACCACUGCUCUCUGCUAUUUCCUAGCGAACUGAACAGAGACCUACCGAACUCCAGCGAACUCUAUUGGACUGGACUCUAGUGGAAUCUGGCGGACUGCUGCUCUCUGCUGGACUUUGAGGACUCCACCGACCUCUACUUAACUCCAGCAAGCUAAACUGGACUCUACUGCUGGAUUCCAGCGGAUCCUUUGGAAUUUUUCUGGCUGCCGGCCUCCGUUCAACUCCAGUAACGGUGUCGUGAGUCGUGUCUCGCUACCAGGUGCAACUAAUAAUUCGGUAUUUCUUGAAGCACUGGCUGCUCUAGCAGACUCGAUGGUUCAGCUAGUGUUCCACCACGGAGUCCAGAGCUGGAGGAAUCCGGAGUUGAACUUGCCUGUUUGAGGAAACUGACACCAGUCGCACACGAUUCCACACAGCGGAAUCUGGAAUCUCAUCGAUGCCAAUAGACGCCAACGGACUCUGGUAGUUUGACCGGACUCCCGUUGACUUUUGAGAGGAUUCCAGAGGACUACUGUCGAGUUGUGUGAAAUCCCGUGGAUUCAUAGAAGCUCGGCGGGCCGUCGCGCCGCCGCUGCCGCUUUUUAUUGUGUGCUAUUGUUACUGCUCAAGUUGUUGAUUUGUCGCGCGCGGCGCAGCGCGGCCGGCCGUCGGUCGGUGUCCGUCCUGAGCGCUGAGCGACGCCGGCAGGGGCGCCUGUUUGUGUGUCUGUGUGCGGGCGUGGCGUGGCGUGGUCUCCAGCUGUGGAGAGCGGCGCCGCGGCGGCGGACCUGGCUGUGGCGCUUUGUAACUCAUCCGAAAUGUCUCAAUAAAUGUGUCUAUACAUC